AAGGGCAUCGAUAUCUAUCGGGGCACUUGCGUGCUUGAUCUCUAUUUUUUAGCUCAUCAAUAUGGCAGACCAAGCCUCAUUUGCUUCGGGAGCUAUUGAUCCCACCGAGGGUUUUGUCUCCCUUAAAUUAAAACCCUCAGAUUUUUCUGUACAGAGGCCGUAUGAUGUGCCACAAGAUGAGCGAUACAGCUUCCAAAAUGGGAUUCACAAACUGUGGGUAUACUCCACAGACAAGCCUCACUCUCCUACCAGCAAAACUAAGCCACGAACUGAGAUCCGUAUACUAGGACAUGACUAUUCAUCUGGGGUAUGGCAAUUUGAAGGUUACGGCUACGUCCCAGCUGGAACAUCAGGCGUCUCUCUCAUGCAAAUAUUUGGAGCUAGCCAACAUGCCACAACCCUAAUGGUUAGGGUUUACGACGGUUCACUCACAUACUACAGGGACCCAGUCCUGGUCCGAAACAUCUACAACAAGUGGUUCAGGCUAAAUGUGAUUCAUGAUGUGGGCAAAUCUGUUAAGGUUUAUAUUGAUGGAAUUCUCAAGUACGAAGGUCCUGAUCGUGGCGGAAAAUCUCAUUACUUCAAAUUUGGGGUUUAUGCUCAAGAGGAUGAUUCUCACUGUAUGGAAUCCCGUUGGAAGGACAUCAAAGUUCUCAAAAAACGUAAUUGAUCUUUGUAAUUUCUUCUGUUACUGUAUUUGGCACAUAUAUUAAUAUCAUGAUUUGCCGAAAUAAAGUUUAUAUAAGCUAUA